AUGCUGCGUCCUUCCCCGUCCGGCUUCUCCGCCGUUCUGCUCUUCGCCAACGCUCCCGCCAGACUCCGAGCAGGGUCCGACGCUCAGAUUGGCAAAGAGGCUCAUUUCGGAAAAUAUCGAACCAUGGACGGCUCGAGCCAAGAUGCUUCCCCUCCCCCUAUCUCGCCGAGCACCGCGUGCUGGGUGCCUCGAGUGGCCGGUUGCACCGUCGACGCCUCGCAACAUGCAAUGCUCGCAAUGCUCGCAAUGCACGCACUGCCAGCCUCGAUCUCGAGCAUUAGCCUAGCACCAACUCUGAUCGAGCCAGCAAGAAGCUCAGCCUCGAAGCAGGUCCCGGCUUGA